AUGACUUCUGGGAAGCAUGUGAGUAGAGGAAGGCUGAAGGGAGAAUCCCCUAGGAUUGUCCCAAGGGGUGCUGUGUGGAAGGAGAAGUCGAGGGUUACCCUAGAAGGGUUGGGAAUACAUGUGAGGGUCGAAGAAUUUAAUUCCAGGGGGUCAUGGACCCGCAAGGAUAAUGAGAUGGGUAUACAAAAUUCCAAGAAGCCAAAUUGUGGCAAGAAGAGUGUAUUUGAGGUGAGGGAGAUAUGGAAUAAGACUCUGAAACUUCACACAGAACACACACAAAUAGUGACUCUAAAGAAUUAUAUAGUACAAGGGAAGUAG